CUAUUUUUUGACAACCGCAGCGAAUGCGUGUUUUUUUUCAUUAAAUUUCAAAAGAUUGCGUUUUUAAGCCAAUUUUCCAAUAUACGCGAAUUGAACUGAAGACAAAUGGUAGCAAACAAGUCACAAGUUAAUUAACUGAAUUCUCUUUAAAUAGGCAAGUUUAACUGAGUGAUAAACAGAUUGUUGCAACUUUAAAGUUUACCGCCAAUUUGCUGAAGUAAGAAUCACGAUAUGUUUGGCCAGCCAACGCUGGGUGGAACUACCGCCACACCGUCUACAAACCGCAUGAACGAUUUUGAAGUAACAAUGCCGCCGGAUGACUCUGUAUCCGCCUUAGAAUUUAGUCCCAGCACCAUACCGCAGAAUUUUCUUAUUGCCGGCAGCUGGGAUAGCAGCGUUCGUUGUUGGGAAGUAGAACAAACGGGCAAAACAGUGCCAAAGUCGAUGAAAACAAUGGGAGGUCCGGUAUUAGAUGUGUGCUGGUCUGAUGAUGGCACUAAAGUGUAUAUGGCAUCAUGUGACAAGCAGGUAAAGAUGUGGGAUUUAGCCUCUGAUCAGGUAGUUCAGGUAGCAGCACACGAUGCGCCUGUAAAAACUUGCCACUGGAUAAAGGGGUCAACUUAUAGCUGUCUGAUGACCGGUUCGUGGGAUAAAACUCUAAGGUUUUGGGACACGCGUACGCCCAACCCACUUAUGGCAAUCAACUUACCAGAACGCUGCUAUUGUGCUGAUGUUGAUUACCCUAUGGCUGUGGUAGGUACGGCGAAUCGUGGCCUCAUUGUAUACUCACUAGAAAACACGCCGACUGAAUUUAAGCGGCAGGAUAGUCCACUGAAAUACCAACAUAGAACCAUAUCAAUAUUUAAGGAUAAGAAAAAAGCGCCAACGGGUUACGCGCUUGGUAGCAUUGAGGGCCGCGUUGCGAUACAAUAUGUAAACCCAGUGAAUCCAAAGGAUAACUUUACCUUCAAGUGCCAUCGCACAACUGGUACAGCCGGCUAUCAAGACAUAUAUGCCGUAAACGAUAUAGCCUUCCACCCAGUACACGGCACUUUGGUGACCGUCGGUUCAGAUGGUACUUUUAGCUUCUGGGACAAGGAUGCACGCACAAAACUCAAAUCAUCGGAGACUAUGGAUCAAUCGAUUACCAAGUGCGCUUUCAACAACAAUGGACAAAUAUUCGCUUAUGCGGUGGGCUACGAUUGGUCAAAGGGUCAUGAGUAUUUUAAUCCGAGCAAAAAGCCACAAAUCUUUCUGCGUUCUUGCUAUGAUGAGCUAAAGCCACGUAUUGCAUAAAUUCAACCUCAGGCAGAACUUAAAUUUUGAAACCUGCAUUUCAGUGAGUAGAGAACCAGACCCGUAAUAAAACUCAAAAUAAUAAUUUAUGCUAAGCGCUUUAUUUGGUACGAUGCGUUUAUCGCGUAUCAGUGGAAACACACAUGAAAUUCAACCAUUUUACUAUGAGA